AUGGCUGGCUCGGGCCCCGGAUGAGGAAGUACGAGGCGUGGGGGGAGAACCAUAGAGACGAAGAGGCGGCUGUGGCCGGAGCGCCCCUGGGCUCGCUUAGCUCCACAGGCUCAGGUAGACUUCGCGGCGGCGGGGUUGCGGCUGCAGAGGCAAGGCUGGCGGGGCGAGCGAGUGCCGCGGAGCAGGCCUCAGGGGUGAACCAUUUGAUGUAAAAGACUUGACUCCAUAAUCUACAGUCUGCCCUAAUGCUGUCAUCCGGAGUAGAGACUCAGCCAGUUCCACUUGAUUCCUCCAUGUCUGCCGUGGUACAGGAAUUAUACUCUGAACUCCCAGUAAGUGUCUCCAAAGAGCUUCAUGCUGACCCUGUGCCAAGUGUGAUUCCAGAUGUAAAACCUGGAGCCUCAAGCUCUCUUGUAAGUCAGAGUAGGGCAGUGCCCUUGGAGCUGCAGAGGACUCAUGCGGAAAGUUGUUGCGAAGAAACCUCUGAGAACUCGGAUCAUGGGGGUGAGCCUGGGCGGUGUGGGCUGGUGGACUCCACAGGAGGCAGUUCUGUGGCUUCUGGGAUCUUGGCUAGGGAAGAGAAAACCAAGAGCAUGGAGCUAAAGGUCUUCAGAGAUCGAGGGAACCAGGUGGAAAUUGUAAGAGACCUCUGUGAGGGAGCAAAGGAAGACCCGCGUCAACAUUCCACAGCAGCUGAAGCAAAGAUCAGCCCAAGUCAGGAGGACCUCCUAAUGCCUUCGAGCAAAGAACUUUUAUGCACGGACCUCCCUGAAGAUUGUCUGAGGAGCAAAGAAGGAAAUGUACAAAUUACAACUGAAACUCUCCUAAAAUCUACUGAAGAAGUACAAGGUAUGAAGGUCAAUGGGACUAAGACGGAUAAUAAUGAAGGACAUGAGAAUGGCAAUGUGAGUAAAGGUCUCUCGGCUGGGUGCAGCGAAUACCCAGAAGUAGACAAAAUCAUGACCAGUAGUGAGGUUUCAGAAACCAGCACAUUAGUUUCCCUAGAGCCUUUAAACUUUGUGGACCCUGGAUUAACAGAAGCAACUCCUAAAGAAAAAGAAUGUGAAGAAUUAAAAACUUGUCCUUCUUGGUUGUCAUUAUUACCAGGGAACAGUGCCAUUUCCAAAGUGGACAAUGGGAAGGAAGAGUUGUGUAAGUUAAGCCUUGUGUGUGAAGCAGAUGACAAUCACCAACAGAUUCUUGGCCACCAUAAUGAAAAACACGGUUCUGCACAUGGCAGUCCCAAACUCUUGAGAAAUGUAGUUGUUGUAGAACCCUUAGAAGAAAAUUCAGAAGUUUCAUGUUUCACGUCAAGCUUGUGUGGUCCAGAAUCCAGAACGUCAUCCUUGGAAAAAUGUGUUUUUGAAGGUGAUGGCUUGCUGAAGAGAUCUGCUGAAAAGACAGAUAAUUCCUGUUUUGAUAGGGACGAUCAAAACAAGAACUUGGCUUCUAGAGGAGAAAAUGAAGAACAGUUUUUGAACCCCAGGAGUGAAAGAGAGGAACUCUUUCUUGUUAAUGCCAGAAAACCAGAAGAGGAUGCCAGUGGUCACCGUUCUGGAGAAAAAGAGACUGUUGCCUCCCCAAAAGAAAAUAUCCAUGAUAACUGUUGCAUUCAAGGCAGUAUCCAUACAGACAGCUCUAGUUCUUUAAUGCCCAAUUGUUUUACUGAAGCCACAGAAGUAAUGUUAAAAAAAAAAGAUUCGAGAAUCACUUUAGACAUUCAAGUUAGCUUAACAAAUCAUGAGGACCAUAGAGAAACUCUUACUAAUAGGAGCCAUCCAGGCAGACACUCUGAAGAGAACAGAUUUUCCUCCUUGAUGCAGAUCAAAGAGCCAGAACAGACAAGCACUAUCGAGCCCAGUAUAUUAAGUGAAAAGAUUUACAGUAAAGACUCCUUAGUCAUCACCCAGAGAAAUCUGGAAGGCAACACCCAGUUAAAGGAAGCAUCAUAUAAUGAAUUUAUGAUUGAAAAAAAAUCCCUUUCGAAUUUAAUGCCGGAGGACCAGAUAAGUUCUGUAAAUGAGGGAUCAAAACCCAAGAAAGAUACUGCUCAGUUAUCAUCAUCCCUAGAAUUUGAUUACAGACCUGAGUCAGAAAAAGCGGUACAGACCUCACAGGACAAUAUUCCACAUUUAGAAGAACAAAGCAUUGCCUAUGAGAUGGAUGAAGCUCCUUGUACCGAAGAACUAGCUGUAAACAAAAUAGAAAGUGAAUGUCUUUUAAAUCAAGUGUCCCUUAAUUCUCAAGACCAUGCGAAGUUGCCAACUGAGGAAGAGUUGCCUUUAGCAACAAGCAAGGAUUCCCAACAGAGCCAUCACCCUCCAUUAGAGGACAAAGCAGAUGUCAUUGCUGGUACUCAAACCAUUCCGAUGAAGACAAUAAUGAAAGACAUCUCUCCACCAGAUGGCAAAAGCUGUGGUGCCUCUUCAAACAGUCCCUCCUUAAACAUUAAACCAGGAAGCCUAGAAAGUAAAAACGAAAUGGCUGAUUCAGGAACAGAAGAUCUACAUUCCAGACUUCUCUCAAGUAAGGAAGAAGCAGCAGGCUUGCUUCCAGAGGUCCCUGUCAUGGAAUGUCAAAGUGUUCAAUCUCAGGAUCUCUCUAGCUGCCAUUGUGUAAGAAAAAAUGCACCAGAAGAGAGCGUGUGUUCUGCUUGUGCUGCUACUUUUGAGUCCAGCAGAAUCAUCCUGGAAGUUGAAAACUCUUUGAUAGCCAAAUAUGAGAAUGCAUUUCAGCACAGUGAUCUCCACUCCCCAGGAAGAGAAGACUCUGUGGAAAGUAGCACCUAUAAAGUGAGUUAUACACGGGAGGAAAGUGAACUUGAUGGGAGGGAAACUAAAGGCAGCCUUCCAGGAGAUAAGAUCGGAAAUGAAAGGACAGAAGCUUCAAAUGAAACCAUUCACACCACCAGUCCCAUCCAACCCAGUAAGGAAGGGCUAGAAUUAAAGGAACAGAAUAUACCCAAAGAGACUGUGUUUUGUAAAUAUAACGUCUCUGAUUGUACCACACAGGAACUAAACCAAUCUGGAAACAUUCCAAAUCCCGAGAAACUGUUGGACCAGUCUCCUACUGUUAUGUUCUCCAGUUUUAAAAACAUGAACCCAACAGUUGAAACUCCUGAUCAGAAGACAGAUGAAGUCCUUGACUGCCAGCGUAAUCCAUACAGACCAGCUGAAUGCAGAUGUGAGGAUAAACCAGCUAAGGAGACACUAGGUAGUGACCAGAGAGAGACCGUCACAGAGCCUGUCAGAGAGGUAAGCCACAACCAAAAGGAUCUGCCAGUUGGUUCAGGCAACAACAACUCGUCUCGUGGUAGUCCAAAGGAAGGCAGUUUGAAAGGAGCCUUUGAAAGGAUUUCUGGUUGUGAGGAGUCCACAGACGGUACUAAAGACAUCGUCUACACAGACUGUAGUGAUAAGCCUGCAGAAGGCAUGCUGGACAUAAGAGCAUCUAACACACGUGAUGGUGGUACAUGGCAAGAUGGACUAGUAUUACAUGAAACCUCGAGGAAUACCCUGUCUCAGAGAGGAGCACAGAAUGCUGCAUUUAUGGUUGACCAGGAUUCAGAUCUCCCAAAUGCUACUUCCUCUACAGUGGAAUCUCUUGAAAUAAAAAAAUCAUGUGAAGAGAAAGUCUGCAAAUUGUUAAAAGAUUGUGAAAUGAAAGUGUGUCCAGACUCUAAUGCCAAUGAGAUAGAGUCUGUUGCAGAUCAUGAACCAUUAAAUAUAAGACUAUUGGAUAGAGUAAAUGUGUCUUUAAAUUAUAUUCAUCAUGAACAGCAAGUUAAAGAAGCAUCUCUGAGAGAAACACAAAGAAUAAUUGAAAGAUCAAGACUAGAAAUAAAUUCUGAGUUUGACAAGGAAAAUACCCUUGGAAUUCCCUCAAAAGAGUUGAUGUCUUCUAAACACCAAGGUGAGAACUCUGUUCCCCCAGGGAGCCCGAAAUCCACUGAGAGAAUGCCUUCGUAUCUGUCUUCUCAAGAAAGUUCAGAAGCAAAUAUUAAGAGUGAAGAAACUGACCUUAAAAUUCUUUGUAAGCCAAAAGACGGUGAAAUGCUUUGUGAAAAUGUAAAAGACUGCACAGUCCUGCCUGAGGUGAAGGAAGGAGCACCAAGGGAUCUGAGUAAUCCUAGCGAAGAAAACAGCAUAGACAUCAGUGUGAAAAUUUUGCCGUUGACGAUGGAAACCGAAACUAAAGUGACAGAGGAAACCGAAGAACAUCAGAGGGGAUCACCGCGUCACUUCACUGUUGGGGAGAAAUCUGAGGAGGUGAUUACCAGAGAAGAUGGUUGUGGUGGUAAUAUGAGUGAGAUUUCUCAGGUCCACUGUAAAUCCCAGAGGAUGCUCGGCGAUGCUGGAGAACAACAAAGCCGGAGGGUUUUGGACUACACGUUGCAGAAGGAAGAGGAAUAUAUGCAUCACAAAGAAGCACAUAGGAUAUUGGAACAAAGCACAUCGACUAAUACGUUGUCAGAUGAGGUGCAAAAUAAGAACCCAUGUAAGGGUUGCAAAGAUGAGUCCACUGUGAUGAAAGAAAGCACCCCGGCAAAGCUUGCCAGGGGUGACUUUGCUGCACAGUUUCAGAAGUUGAAAGACCCAGAGGAGGAAACCUGUCACCCACUAAAAAAGGACAUUGAGUUGUGUAUAGGUCCUUGCCUUCGUGGUGCCCCCCAGAAAGCACAAGACCCCGGCCCUGCUAGGUGUGAUGAAACACACAGUGCCUCUGGGAACACGUCACAUCAGAAAAGAGUGCUUCCGUUAAAGAAGCAGCCCCAUCGAACAUGUAAGAAAGUUUCCUGUCAGGAGCAAGUCAACAUAGGGAGAAAAUUAAGUAAAGUCAGAAAUUCUGCCUUUUUAAAGCAUUCCUCAGAAACCGUCCCCACAAAAGCACACAGAUUUUUCAGUUCGCAUACCGCAUCUGCACCCAUAAGACUAGAACCCAAAACAGUACCUGCCAGGACCUUAGUUAGCCACAUACCAAAGCAGAAGGCUACGCCGUGCCAUCUCCUAAGGAGCCUGAAUGUCAGGACGCCUACCAAAGAAUCGGCCUUACUCACCACGCUAUCCAUCCUUGCCUCCAAACUGGCCCCAGCCGCGAAGACCCAGAAACUAAGGUAUCGGCGGUGUUCCUCUGAACUUCUUCCAGUGGCUAAAAGCUACAAGCGGCUCAGAUAUAAAAGGCUCCUGGAUGGAUUUUCACCCAAUACAAUGCAGCUGAGUCCAUAUUUGACAGCUACUGGAUGGAAUAAAAGGCCUGCUAGUAAACCCUUGACACUUUAUCCGCUGGAAGCCGUCAAAAUGAGCUUCAUAGAUUUGAGCAACAAGAUGCCGUCCCUGCUGUUCGGUUCCGAAAUCUUCCCGGUAUCCUUUCAUGUGAAAUCGGGCUCUGAGUGCACGGCGGAGUCCCUGAGGAGUUUUCCUGAGCACUGUGCUCCAGCAAGGCUUGCCUUAGGAGAGGCCGCCCGGUGCCCUUCUCAACCUCCCAAGUGGACCUUUUCUGUUUUCUUGUCCCAUGGUUGCCCUGGGAUGGCCACAUUCAGGGAAGACACUGGCCUCCACGGUCAGGCACAUGCCCAGGCUCCUCUGCACCCUCCAGCUCCUCUCCAGGACUACGGAGGCACCGCCAUCGUCCAGACCAGAGCAGGCCGCUCUGUCCUUGGCCUUCACACACUGCUAGCACUUUGUUCCCCUGGAUGUUACCGAAUCUGGACAAAAAAACGGAGCUUCUCCAGUCACAUGCCUACCAUGCAGAGGCUUUUCAUGACCCAGUUUACACAGGGCUUGAAAGGGUUAAGGUCUCCAGCCUCCAUAGCUGACAAGGUCUUCUGUUCUCUGCCCUACUCGGUGGGCCGAGUGCUCUCCAUUUGGAGCCAGCAUGGACCUUCUGCCUGCCCCUUCGAAAUCUCUGCUCUUCAUUCCACUCACAGCAAGCGGCAGCCAACUCUGGGCACCACAAGCAGCCACACCAUGUUACCAUAUGUGCCUCUUCCGGGCAUGGAAGCUGCUUACAACACCAGCGGCAGUCAGAUGAGGCUUGAACCUCCAUUUCCUGCCUUGGUACCAAAGUCUUGCUUGGUAGCAGACUCAGCUGUCAGCAAGCUCCUGCUGUCAGCCUCUGAGUUCCAGGUUCCUGGGUUUGAUGAACUGGAUGGUGUGACAGCAGCAUGCCCCCAUCCACAGAGUAGCCCUCCAGAACAGAAAGAGGCUGAGCCAGAGAAGAGGCCAAAGAAAGUCUCACAGAUUCGCAUCCGGAAAACCAUUCCUAAGCCAGACCCUAAUCUUACCCCCAUGGGCCUUCCUCGACCCAAAAGGUUAAAGAAAAAGGAAUUUAGUUUAGAAGAAAUAUAUACCAACAAGAAUUAUAUGUCUCCUCCUGCAAACAGGUGUUUAGAGACCAUCUUUGAGGAACCUAAGGAACGAAAUGGUACGCUAAUCUCAAUCAGCCAACAGAAGAGGAAGCGAGUUCUAGAAUUUCAGGAUUUUACAGUCCCACGAAAGAGGAGAGCUCGCGGUAAGGUCAAGGUGACAGGCAGCUUCACCAGGGCCCAGAAGGCGGCGCUGCAGAGUCGAGAGCUUGAUGCCCUUUUGAUACAGAAACUAAUGGAACUGGAGACCUUCUUUGCCAAGGAAGAGGAGCAGGAGCAAUCAUCUGGUUGUUGAGAAGCAAUUUGGUUUUGGGGUCUCAAUGUUAGAUUUGCUGGGCCUCCUUGGAAGAAGAUGCCUAACUUUGCCCUAUACCCAAAUCAUUCAAAAUGCAGACCAUGGAUUUUUACCUGUUUCCAGAUGCAACCUUUUAGGAACUGGUGAAGGAGGGUCCUCCACUUCUACUGCUGAGUAUAGAACCUCAGGAAUGCUCCCUUUCUCCUGGAAAUGGUCCUGAGUGACAUCUGGCCUCCCCCUCCCACUCUGCCCUCCACAGGAAGAGGACACAGCAUACGUUCAGUAACACUAGGAUUCCAAGGACUCACAGCAUUUGCACGCCCAUGUGAAAGUUCUGCGUUGUUUACGGUAGUGCUAGACCAAGAUUAUUUAGAGACGUUGCCUAGGGAGGGGGACCUGGCGUCCUUUUCUGCGAGGUCUCACUGGCUCAUUUCAGUAGUUCAGGAAAGAUGAGCUUGUAUGUUUUCUAAUCCUUUGAGUUUGUCUGCCCAGAACCUUGGGGAGUGAGAGACAGAGAGAGAGAGAGAGAGAUUGAAUGUGUGUGUGAUGCUUUUUCCCAUCAUUUUUUCCUCCCUUCUGUGACUUUGGGUCACUAGUGCCAGAGGAGCCCAUCCAGGCCCCAUUCGAAGUAAGUUGCACUUUUUAAUGUUGUGGUGUUAAUUUCUUUUGUUUUAUUUCCUUUUUUUUUUUUUAAUUGCUGCAUGUUUGGAGCCUUUAAAUGUGAUUUUAAAACAAAUUUUUUAAGACAUUGAGGAGAAAGACAGUACAUGUCUUCAGAAUAUAUGAUAGGCAUUUGACCCAGUUUAUCAGUGCAUGGUAUGGGAUAAUGGAGAGACAUUUUUCCAUUCAUGUGUUUCAAGCCCCACCUCCACCUUCUAGUGUAAUGCAUUAGAGGGAGUACUUUUUUCAUCUGGGUUCUCAUUCUUGCCCACUGAGUAGAUGUAUUUAUUUUAAUGACAGAAGUAAGAGCAGGUUUCUCUCCCAAUCAUUUAAAAAGUGCAAAGGUUGGGUGUGGUCUUAAUGGGUUUUAUCUGAAGUAGUGGUAUGUAAGAAAGUUGGGUACCACGGCUUGGGCGGUAAAAGAGGCCGACCCAGAGUGUUCGCAGCUGUCAGAACAACCUGCUCUGAGACUGGGGAGAGGCAACAGGCCGUGGUUCAAACCCAGUAAUGCCUUCUUGUGGUGGGAUCAUGAAAUUCCACGGCCAGCUCUCUCUGAGGACACCUCAUUGUACUCUGGGCUCCUGUGUCAAACCUACUGGAAAUGUUGUGGAAUGCCAGAGUUCGCUGAGUUUCUUCUUGUGUGCCCACAAGAGUCUGUGGGCAGAAGGAUCCUGUGUAGGUCAGCAGGCCCAGAGUUUUCAUUUCUUUUCUGCUAAUCCUUGUGUCCCUCCCCCUGCCUCCUCUCCCCUCCUUCCCUUGUGUUUUAUCCUUUUUUCUUGCGCGUGAAACAAGCAUUCAGAGAAUUAACAUUCCUUGGCUGGUGAGUGGGAUGCUAGACCCAGCCUCAGGACACUGGUCACCUCUUCCCAUCUUCCUAGGAGCCACUGCUGGGAGGCAGCUGCCAAGGGGAACUAGGAAAGCUCCAGAGACAUUUUAAAGUUAGUCUGUUGGAGAGUGAGUGGUGCCAUCCUGGAAUGUCUCUCCUAGGUUUCUUUUGUUCCCCAUUUGUUAGUGGGUGGGGAGGUGGGGUGGGGUGGGGGGUCUCUAUGUGCCUUUCCUUUGCAGGUUGACAGUCUAUGCCACACUGGAGCAGAAAAACUGACCUGAGCAAGAAAAAACAAAGUGCCACGUCCGUCUUUGAGGCUCACUGCUUCAGACAUAGCAUUUAGUAAGUGAAAUCCACACCCGGUACUCCGCGGAGGUUUGUAAGGCCAUGGCCAAAUAGCAUUAGGAGCGAGCCAAGUUUCCACACUGGCUCUGAAUGAUGUGAACCAGAUUCUGCCCUUCUAAAUCCCCUUUGCCCGGACUGUAUGGACAUGAGCUGUGUUUCACCUCAUCCCUCUCCCUUCCUGGGACAGGGUCCUGAGACACUAUCCGCUUCUCUAUUCUUUUUGCUUAAGGGAGCGGGAUGAGUAAUACAUUGUGCCCCCGUACAAACGUUUUUAGGGAACUCUUGCUGGACAAGCUUGCAAACUCCCAGUGAGUCGACAGAGCCCUGCUUGCUGGCUCCACUGCUAGUGUAGGUGCGUCCGCAGUGUGGCAGCCAUGUCAUCCCACAGACUGAAGCUGAGGUGGGUACAACUGUGAUUAUCAGCCACAUUACAGAGAUACGACUUCAAGUUUGCCCGUUAGAGGCAUGGCAUUUGCUAAGGCCAGGUGCAAUGAUUUGGAACAUUGCAUCUAGGAAGGGAGAAUUGGAGGAGACAGAGACCCAGGCUCCCUCCUUGUCCUGGGAAUGUAGGAAAGAAGCUGCUCUGAGGCCAACCCUGUCUGUCCCGGAAAUUCUUGGCCUGCCCUCUGGCUAGGGCCCUUCCCUUGCUCCAAAGUUAAGAAAGGGCCCCCAUUGCAAACUGGAGAUUGCUUACCUGAAGCUGAUACAUCCGGUUCUAGCCAUGCUCAGCCACACCUGUCUUAACACCUGUUUUCACAUUGGCCUAAUGAGUUGCAGUGCUGUCUGGUACCUGCCCACGGUGGGAGACGUUAGUCGGGCUGACAUGCCAGCUGCCCAGAGCUCAGUAAGUCUGGUUCUGGAGUGGGAGUUGGUCAUUUCUGAGUUUGGGGACUUCCCACCGAAAUGGUGAGGAAUUCCAGUUAGUUAAUUUACUCAGUACUGGUGGUUUAGUGUUAUUAAUACAGGAAAGAGGAGAAAUCUCAGGUCCAAUCAGGGUUCUGCCCAUCAGUUUUUCACUGAAACUAUCAACUAUGGUUUUUUUCAUCUUCCAGUUUAUGGCUAUAUUUGCCUCCCCCACCCACCUUUCCCUCCUUUUGGUCUCCUCUCCAGCUUCAUUUCUCCUUUAGUUUAAAUGUACCUCAUUACCUGUUAAAGCAGAUUAUGUCCACUUUUUCUUACUGACCUUACUCUGAGAGCUGCAGCUGAGGGAGGUACAGUGGAAAGAUAAUGUAGAGUUUGCCUUACUUGGAGCCUGAAGAACUCAGAAACUCAUGCUGUGAAUCCCAAAACUCAGCGCUCCUCCAAGAGCUGUGAAAAUCAUGACACUUUGUCACAAUUUUGCCUGAAAGAGUCUUUUGAGCGGUUGCCAGAGCCAACCUGAGGUAAAUUCCAGAUCCCACCCUCUGGGCGUGAUCCCCCCUCCCUGGCUCAUUCCCAGCCCACCGGGCCAAGAGCAGCACGGAGUGUGCAUGCCGGAGCAGGCCACAGAUCCCACGCUUUGGUGCAGCCUGGUGGAACGCAGAGCCGGGAUUCGUCUGCAGGCUGGGAUCCCAUCUUCUAAUCAAUGCCGUGUACAUUAAGGUCCGCGAAAGACCAACUUUUAGGCAGUGAUGAUGUUCUCCCAUUACGGGGGUGGUGGGGGAGUAUGCAGUUGGUGCUUUCUUUAAUUCCCUUGUUUUGUUUUCUGUAACCUCCCCCUCCCCUCCCCUGGUAUCAUGGAAAGGACCUCUUAAACACCACAUUGUGGGUGGCUGUAUCCAAAGUAAAUAAUUGGCCAGAAGUGCAGAGUAACCUUUCCUGGAUUCAUGCAAGGGAAGGGCUCCUUACACAACUGAACUUCUUAAGUAAAAAGAUGGCUUAAGAGGAAGGCUCAAUUUUACUAAAAUGAAAUUUAAUAUCUAGCCACAAAUUGAGCAGCAACGGCUAUUUUGACUGUGAAGUGAGGGUCCCCAUGUAACCCGCCCUCGAGCACAGCAUACUCAGAUUUGAAGCUUGUGUCUUUACGAGCCCCUCUCUGGUGCUGAAUUGGAUUUGAAUUCUUGGUGAGAGGCCUCAGCAUCUCCUUGGGCUGGUCUGGGCCAGUAAAUAGCUGCCUGUGUUUAUAUAUUAUCACGGUCAAUAGUUCAGUGAAAUUUGUACAUUUUUUGGUAAUAUUGGCAUACAUGAUGCCCCUGCAGUUCCUUUUCUGUUUGGUAGUUUGUGACUCUAAAAUUCCCACUGUUAUGUGUGUUAAUUUAUGAAAAUAAAAAAAAAAACUUUUUUUGAAAAGCUUUCAAAUAACAAGGCUAUUAUUCUUUCUUAUGGCUUGGAAAUAAGUUAAAAUUUUGACUGCUAAUGUCAUAAGGUGGUAUUUUUUUAAAUACACAAUUUCAAAAUUAUCACAAAAAGCAUUAUCCCU